GCACUGCGCAGCCGCGGAACGCUCGGCUUAUCCCCGCCCCGCGGCGAACCGAACCGGGAGGCAAGGCGAUGAGCGCGGCUGGCGCGGGCGUGGGCGGUCGCCGUUGGGCGCGACUGUCCCGCCUCGUCUCCUUCAGCGCGACCCACCGGCUCCACAGCAAAUGUCUGAGUAACGAAGAAAACUUGAAACUGUAUGGGAAAUGCAACAAUCCAAAUGGCCAUGGGCACAAUUAUAAAGUUGUGGUGACAGUUCAUGGAGAGAUUGAUCCUGUUACAGGCAUGGUUAUGAAUAUGACCGACCUCAAAGAGUACAUGGAGGAGGCAAUUAUGAAGCCCCUUGAUCAUAAGAAUCUGGAUCUAGAUGUGCCAUACUUCGCAGAUGUUGUAAGCACGACAGAAAAUGUAGCUGUAUAUAUCUGGGAAAACCUCCAGAAAUUUCUUCCUAUGGGAGUUCUUUAUAAAGUAAAAGUAUAUGAAACUGACAAUAAUGUUGUCGUCUAUAAAGGAGAGUAGCUUUUAGGGGUUCAUACUGUAGAAAGAUUAAUUUCUUUCCACAUUUGAAAAAGGUCUUUAUCCUCUUGGACUAUUGAAAAGUCAUCACAGAAUUGCUAGAGCUUCACCUUGUGUUUUGGUGCCUCAUUUAUUGAAAUCAUUGUGUGUAAGACCUGUUGUGUAUUCAAAUAUAUUUUAAAACAAAAUUUGUUAGACAUUCUGAGUGUCAUUUAGAGAAUCCUUUAUCUAUAGAUUAAAAAUCACUUCAUUUUCAGUAAAAUGUUAUGGUGUGGAAUUUAAAAGCAAAAUAAAUCAAUUUUUGUUUUUCCAUUA